AUGGACAAAGUUAUAAGCGCCUAUAAGGACGAAAUUGUUCAUUCGGUGGAGGAAUAUAACGUCGUUAUUGUCUCCGGAUACCCGGAUAACUACAUGUAUUCAUACGUUCCUUUUUAUUUGUACUCCCGGGGAUUCACGAAAUCGAACACCGUUAACAGAAAACCCCCAAAAAUAUGUACUAUUUUUAACGAUAAGACACAGGUCGCUUAUUUUAGUGAUAUGUGUUCGUCACUCACCAAUGACAAGUCAAAGGUGACGAGUGUGUUUGAUGGGAACUCAGAGUACAAUGUAAAAAGCGAGAUCGUAUACACAACGAGCGACUACAUCCUCAAGCUUCUAGUAACCGACCCCCUGAUAUCGGAAUUCUCAGUGUUCGUAGUGUGCGACGUGCACGAACGCAGCCUGAACACGGAUCUGCUGCUGUCGUUCUUGAAGAGUCUGGUGGGAGUCCGCUCGAGACUGAGACUGGUGUUGCUGACACACUCGAAGAAUGUAAAAUAUUUGAUAUCGUACUUUAAGGAGGACAUAAAUGAAGAGAAGAAGGAAAGGGCGCUAAACGAAACGCGCAAGGGCAACGGAAUACAACACAGUAAGCUGAGGGACGUAUAUUAUAUUCACAUGGAUGACGACAGCAGAUACUACAGAGUUAAUUACUUGCCAGUGCCCACGUCAAACUACUUAGAUUCAAUUAUAACGACAGUGUAUGAAAUGCUGGAUGAGCCGGGGAAUAUUUUGAUCUUCGUGCCGACGAGAGAGCACGCCCAAGUGUUAAAGUCGGGGCUGGACAGCAUGAUAAGUCAGUCCUCAAAGUUCACAGGGAACGUGAACGUGAAGUGUCUGAGGGCAGAAAACUAUCUGGAAGACACAAACACAGACCAGUACGUGCCGGAGCAAGUGAGCAACGUGUUCAUAUGCACGAGCGUCACCGACUACCAGUUCGGAAUGGGAGAUAUCACGUACAUGAUAGACAGCUGUCUGACGAAGAGGAAGACCUCGGACUACAUUAAUACGGGAGUGAGCGAGGCCGUAACGUCCUCGACGAGGGAAGAGAUGGUGAUAAGGGCGAGUCUGAUAAAGUUCAGCGGAGAGUGUUUCCGCCUAAUAACAGAGAGUGACUAUUACACGACAAUCCAGGCGAGCAUAGAGCCGGAGAUAAUGACGAAGGACCUGACGAUGACGGUGCUGCUCCUGAAGUCGCUCGGGUUUAAGAAGCUGAGUCAGUUUGACUUUCUGACGAAGCCGCCCACAGAGUCACUGCAGCACUCACUGUACGUGCUGUACCUAUUGGGAGCAAUAGACGCAAACGGAGAUUUGGUGUAUCCGAUUGGGAACCUGAUGGCAGAGUUGAGAGUCACGCCCUACUUGUCGAACUUCCUCUACAAUUCAGUCGAAAAGGGGUGCUCGGAAGAAGCACUGAUAAUCUUUUCAGUACUACAGGUGAAGGAUAUACUGUGGAAAAGAUUUGGUAGAGUAAAUCGCAACGAGUCUUCUUACAUAAAUGAAAGACUGGAAAGUGCAAAGUUGACGUUUGCAGCAGACGAGGGAGACCUAAUCUCAUACUUCAACGUGUUCCAGCUAUCGAAAUACUAUAAGGACGAGGACAGCCGGUGGUUUUCAUCGCACAUGAUAAAUGAAGGGGCCAUCAAAAUGGCGCAAAAAAUUAAAACAAAGACCGCAGAAAUUUUAAGUAAAUAUCACCUUGAAACGAAAAGCUGCGACGGAGACGUCGAGUUGCUGGUCAAGACCAUUUUCUCCAGCUUCUUCCUCAACGUGGCCUGCAAGGAGCACCUGAUAGAGAACUACCAGAACUCGAAGCAGUUUAUAUCAUCCUACAAGCCCUCGAACAAGAUGUGGGAGAGCGCUCAAGGGGAACAGCAAUACGUGUUGGUGAAAUGGUACGAAAAGGAGAAUUAUAAAAAGUUGUACAUACACCCUUCAUCCUUCAUCGCCAAGGAAAACCCAGACUGGGUGGUAUUCAACGAGUCCACACAGAUAGACGGCAAAGUAUACAUGGAAGACGUGACCAAAGUUAAACCAGAGUAA